UACAGCAGGAAGGCAGUGAGUAGCUAGUAGUGGGUGCAGAGCCGUUAAAACAGUUGCAUGAAUUGUAACGCCCACUAAUUGGCACCACCUUCCCCAAUUCUCCACCUCUUCAGCCCACAGGGCAUGUCGCAAUUGCACGCGCUUUCGCCGGCCCACCCAAUGCACGCGGCGGUUCUCGCCUCGCGUGUCAAGUCUAAGUGGCUCCAACUCCGCCGCCCACUCGCAGCUUUUCCCUUGACCGGGCCGCUCUCGCUGCCGCGCGUCCGAUCACUCCCAGCCGCUAGAAGCUGCAGGGCACUCGCAGUUUUGGACCUCAAAGGUGGCAAAGGAAUGAGUGGGUUCCUUUAUGUUGAGUUCAAAGUUCGUGAUUACGAGCUGGAUCAGUAUGGAGUAGUCAACAAUGCUGUCUAUGCAAGUUACUGCCAACAAGCUCGUUUUGAACUUAUGGAAAGGAUUGGCGUCAGCAUUGAUGCAGUUGUGCGCAGUGGUGAUGCAUUAGCACUGUCAGAAUUGUCCCUCAAAUUCCUUGCACCUCUAAGAAGUGGAGAUAGAUUUGUAGUAAAGGUGAGGAUCUCUGGCUCCUCAGCUGCCCGGUUAUACUUUGAUCAUUUCAUCUCCAAACUGCCAAAUCAAGAGCCUAUUUUAGAAGCAAAGGGCACAGUAGUUUGGCUUGACAAAAACUACCAUCCUGUCCGUAUUCCACCAGAAGUGAGGUCUAAAAUUGUUCAAUUUAUACGCCAUGAAGAUUCUCAACUGCAAAGAGAAAUCAACGGAACCGAUUUUGUGGCCGAGGACCCAUUGGUGUAGGUAACUUGUUUCCCUGUUCGUUCUUGUUUUGCCUUGGAAAAAGAGGAAAGGAAAAAAUGAUUCUAGCCGCAAAUUACAAAUUUAUCAAGGAAAGCUUCUCAGCUUGAGAAGGAAAUAUUCCUUCGCAUAGGAUUCAUCAUACUUAUUCAGUUCAUUUGUUUGUCUGAUGCAAAUACAAUUAUAUGAAAGAAUGAGAGCCGUUGGAAUCUCUAGCUUUUGUUCAAGCCCUGUAGUCCGCUAGCAGUCCUGUAUGUGUUGGUAUUUGUUUUAGAUCGAAUGAUAAUAGAAACCCUCCCACUCCCAAAUCUC